CAGUAAGGCACAGUGAUAGGGCAAUUCCGUUCUUGAUUGACUUAUUUAAAAGGUCCAAUGUUUCUGUAUACAGGAUAUAGAAUGGGACAGUCUGCCGAAGAAUGAAGUCUGUUAUUUUAUUUUGCGUACUGUCGAAAGCACUGUCGGUCAACGUCGUGGCGAAUGGAGACACGACGUCGGUCUUCGGCGAAGACUCAUCGUUCAGCUGCACCCUCGCGGAUUUGACAGGUGUUCUACAGGUAACUUGGCAGAGGUUGUUUUCAGACGACUCCGUGGAGAACUUGGCAACAUUUAGUAAACGAUUUGGAACGCAAAUCAUCAGCCCACACCAAGGCAGGGUACUUCUCACCAAGGCAUCUCUCAACUCAACGUCUAUAAUCGUAAAGAACGUAACAUGGAACGACGAGGCUUGCUACAUAUGUAGCUUUAAUGUGUAUCCAAGUGGAUCUAUACGGAAGCAGACCUGCCUCACUGUACAAGGUAUAUCUGAAGUGAAAACCGCAAAGUCACAGACUCCCCCUCAUCCUGAGACAGGCGCAGAAGUUGUAGUGUCAUGCUCAGCCACGGGAAAACCAGCUCCUGUAAUCACCUGGACUACGUCAGCCUACACAGAGCCGAGCCAGAGAACAGUUUUGAAUGGCGACCAAACAGCCACCACUACAAGCAACCUCACUCUUCGCCUGUCGCCACAGUCAGAGGGCUUUGUGGACUGUCUUGUAAACAAUGGGACGAAAGGACAAAAGCAUGAGAGGAUCCUGCUGCCCAUCAUCCAUGAAGGGCAGACAGAGAAUGACAAGGAUGACGGCCGGUAUCAUGGUGUGAUUGUAUUGACAAUCAUCCUCUGCAUUCCUUUUCUCUUGCUCAUUUCUUAUGUCAUAAAGAGGAUACUAAAAGGUCAAUCUGUAUCAUGUUGUGUAAAAGGAAAAGUAAUUGUGUAAAAAUGUGGCCAGCUCAUCUAAUACAACUGGAUGUGGAAUGUACUAAUCUAAUAAUAGUGUUUACGUACCUUUGUGUGGAUAUAUUUCAAGUUUUAAAUAAGUAAAUAACUAUGGGUUAAUGCUUUGCUAGUUAACAACUGAUGCAGACAUAAACAAACCUAUGUAUAAUCCACUUCAUAGUCAUAGAUGAACUAGUUUACGUAUCUGAGUGAUGGUUGGGAUAUAUUGAAAGUGACCUGUUGAAGGCUUGGUGAUGCCAUUAUCAUUACCGUUUUGAUGAAUAGUGGAAUCUGUCACAGAUCAUAGAAUGAUAAAGUGAGUCCACCUUAAGCUUAUGUUAAAGCUGUAGCGUAAUUUACUGUUAAAACAGAUAAGAUAGUUACAGUGUUUUUGUUAUUAUAUUAUAAUAUCAACAGUAAUGAUUGUAUGAUCUGUCUUCCGUAAUGUUGGUUAUUGGAUGAAUACAUUUCUCAUUGCUUGGACAGUGAUGCAGCCUGGCAACAAAAGGUGUUUAUCAUCUGUCACCCUCAACCAGGUAACCAAGACAACGAUUGAACAGCUCCCCCUUGUGGCAAAUACAUGUAAUAGUUCUUUGUCUUAUCGCCUCAGAUCUGAGUUCUAAAAUGUUUAGCAUUUGAUUAUAUCGAGACAAACUUACUAUUUUAUUGUUGAUUAUUGAAAAUGUUGAAUUAUCAUUUCUAAUUCAAUACUCAACAUUAUUUGCACUUUUUGCACUUUAUUUACACUGUCAUUGCAUAAGUAUAGUUUCCUAUUACUUAACGUUUCUUCUAAACAUUUCAGUACAGUGUAGUUUACUUUUAUGUAAUAAUCUUAUAUUUUAAUGUGCAAUAUGCUCCUUAUUUUUCCUUCUCAUAUUUAAAAAUAUUUAAUGUUUUCAUUGUAAAUGUAUAUUUGUGCAUUUAAAUCCAUAAAAUGCAAAUACUUCAAUGUAAGAUGGACAUAUGAAUGUAU